AUGGCUGGUGAUAAUCGUGAUCCAAGAUCAUUAGGUGAUCGACCUGGUCGCGAACAACCGUGUCAUAAAAGAAAACUUGAUCAUAUUGCAGUAUUUCAUUCGACAGAUUAUCAGCCACAGGAUCGCUGGAGAGAUAUUCACAAGCCACCACUGGAAUUGCAUACAACUACAAAGAGAAUUUUUUGCUUUAAUUUCCAAAACAAAGAUCAUCAACCUCAUUAUAUAGACUUUCACACGACUACACCUGGAGCUGCUGUUUCAAUUGCACAUAGUAAAUUUCAACCGAGUACUGGUGGAUGGCUUGGUGCUAGUGCUUAUUUUGCUCGAUCAGUCGACGGAAUAAUUGGAAAAGCACGAACUGGUGGUGGUACUUAUAUUAUUGCUAAAAUUCGCAUGGGUGAAGUAUACGAAGUUCACCGAAAUUUUAUAGACAAAAAACAUCCAUUAUUCAAUCCUCAAGAGUAUGACUUUGUUCAUCGAUCAAAAUAG